GGUUCGUCGGUUUCGCUGGUGCGCUUUUCGUGCGCUCUUUUCGCUGCUGCUGACUACUAACUGCUAUUUUCGUCUCAGUCAAAUCCAAAACCUUCCCAAACGAUCCCAUCUGCCGGCCCAACGUUCAAGCAGCAUUUCAGUAUUUGGUCAAAGUGCUCCGAAACUGGUCGUGUUGUUGCUUGCUCGUCGUUGGACCCGCGCUUGUUAUAUUCGCUAUUACAUAUAUAUAUAUAGUAUAUUGGGAGCUUGCCAUCCUCGCCGCGCUUGUCUCCAAUACCUCGACCAAGCUUUGUCUUCUCCAACGUAUGUAGUUGGGAGACUAUUGAAAAUUUGGUUGUGCCGUAAUUUGCAAUUUAAUGCUGGCGUGAAAUAAUAAAAAAAAAAGUUUCAACUACAUUUAAAAAACGGGGAGCGUAGAAAUUCUUGUUUUCAUUGCGAAUAACUUUCAUGGCGCAUAAAAUUAUUGAAAAUCCACAGUUCGAAAAGUAAAUUGUAGGUAAAAGGCAGUACGUACAUACAUAUGCAAAAAUUUGAGCAACGAAAAGCGCUGUAGUAAUUGCUGCGAUUCGAAAGUUAAACCAAACAGCAACCGAUAAGCUGCUGAUAUUUGAUUUCUUAGAAUUUUCCUUUGGUGCAGUGGUCGUAUAAUUUCAUUCAAAACGGCGCAGAAAUUCAGUCCGCUCAAGCGCAAAAACGUUGCAGAGCCGACACACCAACUCCUCAGCAACAAUAGUCGCGCACCACUCAGCAAUAUGUCACAGUUAAUGUUUUGGAAUAAACAGAACAAUAAUAAUAACAUAAAAAAUCAAUCAAAUAAUAAUGAUAAAAGCAAUAACAAUGGCACAACCGAGGAUGCGAAAAAGGAUAAGCGAAAUUGGUUGCAUACGCCCGAUGCGCUGGUGAAUGGCCACGUCGUCUAUCUAGUCAAGUUCUUUGGUAAUUUGCCAGUGGAGCAGGCCAAAGGCAUUGAAGUGGUCAAAGAUGCCAUACGCAAGCUGCAAUUUGCACAGGAGAUGAAGAAAGCCGAAACAGGUACUCAGGAAAAAUGUAAAAAAGUCGAAAUUACCAUCAGUGUGGAUGGUGUUGCUGUACAGGAGCCGCGCACACAGAAAAUCCUACAUCAAUUCCCGCUGCACAACAUUUCGUAUUGUGCCGACGAGAAGGGUGUAAAGAAAUUCUUUAGUUUUAUUGCGAAAACAGUUAAGCCACUGGAUGGCGGUAUUAACGGCACCACAACGGGCAAUAGCUUCACCAAUGGUGUAAGUAGUUCCAAUGGUAACAACAGCACCGGUGGCAGUAAUACAGAGGAGACACAUGAAUGUUUCGUGUUCAUAUCGAAUAAGUUGGCGUCGGAUAUAACGUUGACCAUUGGGCAAGCGUUCGAUUUGGCAUACAAAAAAUACAUGAACAAUGUUGAGAAGACAGAUCUUGGCAAAGCACAGCAACAGAAUGCGGAAUUGGAAAAAGCGCUCGCCAUCUACAAGAGUCGACUGCGCGAGCUGUCACUAAAACUGCCAAAAUCCGAGUUGGAUUCGAUGCUAUUCAAAAUGGGCAUUAAGGACAUACUGGAUUUGCCCGCUGCUGAAAAUGGCGCGUUAACCAACGGCAACGCCACCAAAGCGAACUUGCUUGAGGAUAAACUGCUAAUCGACACCAGUUCGACGCAUUCGAUGAAAUCGUCAUCGGGAUCAACGACAUCCUUUGUGCCAAUUGUGCCGCCACGCAACAAUAUACCAAGCCAAAUUAUACACAAAUCGAAUAGCCAAAAAAUGGAAGAAUUGCUACUCAACUCCGAUUCGGAUAGUGAUUUUGAUCCGCGCGCCGAUGAGUGCGUCGAUGGGGGCAGCAGCAACAGCAGCGGCGGUGGGGGCGGCAAAAAUAUCAGUAACGAUCUGUUCGGCUUUGAGCCAGCCAAAUCGUAUGGCCAACAAUUGUUCACCAACCAGAACACGAAUAGUGUUAACAAUAACAAUGACAAUAAGUCGCUUAACAACAAUCAUAAUGGCAUCAGUUUGAAUCUGAGCAGCGUCAGUAACAAUGGCAACAGUUUAGGCAACAAUAAUUUUACAAAUGAUUUAAAUCUGACGCCGCCAUUAUUGGCACCUCCACCUAAAGUAGCCGCACCUAGGCGCAGUACAUCGGUCACGAACAACAACAACAACAAUAUCAUAGCCAUGACCAACGGCAAUACGGAUUUAUUCGGCUCAGAUCCAUUCGAAAUAAAUAAUGGGGCCAGUAUUUUCAAGAGUAAGAUGUUAAGCGUCGAUGACUUUACGUUGGAAAGUUUGGAUCCAUUGCGAAAGUAAGUUUUGAGCAGAUGGACUCCGCGCAUCUUCACAGCUGUGAAUCUCUACAACGCAAGCGAUAGGCGACAAUGGCCUGACAGCGAAGAAGUUUAUUUUGGUAGAUGAAUUAGAAUUUUCAAUGUCAAAGCUAUUAAGUAAAGAGAAAAUGUUUCAUAAAACUGUAAUAUUUUUUUGCAUCGAAUAUUUGUAUACAUAAGUAUUGAAUUACUAAGUACAUAUGUACAUAUAGCUGCUUCGAAAUAAUAUGGUCUACAUAGUGAUACACAUACACAUACACACACAAUAACAACAAAAUUCGUACUUCCGUUCAAUUCCGUUCUGUUUAGUUUCCUGUUUGUCAGUAAAUUUUGUUUAUGUAAUUGCACUUUUGUAGCAAGUUUAAAAUUCACAAAAAAAAAGUAAUUUUUCGCCUUUCGUUAUGUUCAACUUAUUAUAUGACCGAAUAUGUAUAUGUAUUUGUAACUAAAUAUUGAAAAUAUAAAUUUUGCAUGCUAUGUAUUAUUUUAUUUAUUAUUAUGAUUUUUUUUUUUAUUAUAAAUAUAAAUAAAUAUUAUAUGUGUAUAAUCUACUGAAAUCUUAUUACUAUACUACAUAUUUUUUUAAAAGCCGAAAGCGAAGUCGUUAAUUAUGAUAAUGCAAGUGUUAAUGAUGAUAAUUAUGAUGAUGAUAAGGUUGAGUUAAAAACUAUAAUUAUAUUGUUUUUGAGUAAAGUGAUAGUAUCUAUUUUCCCCCUACCCCAUAACACACACUUAUACAUACAUACAUGCAAACAUACAUACGUACAUUUACUUGUUAAUAUUAUUACAAUUAUUAUUAUAAUGAUCCUUAUAUCAGCAAAAAUGUGUAACCUUAUGUAAAAUAAUUAAAGAGGCAUCUUCUGCAGCACGACUAGAGUUUGUCUAAAUGUAAAAGUAUGUUACAACAAAACAAAAAAGACACGCGCACACAUACUAUUUAUAUAAUAAAUAAUUUUUAUUGUUACGUUAAUGAUUCUGGAAUUGAGGAUGCUUAGAUAGAUGUGUCCGUUGAUUGAGGAUAAUGAUUAUGAUUACUAUGAUGAUAAUGAUGCAGAUGGUGAUUAUUAUUAUUGUAAUUUUGUAUAUUGUACGUUAUUUGCUAGCGAAAAAUAAAUAAACAACAAAAAAUUA